AUGCCCGCCGUCCUCGAAAGCAUGACCUCCACCCCCAACUCCCAGAGCCUCGUCAUGGACCCCUCCGCCGACAAGAAGCGCAAUAAACUCGGGUACCAUCGCACGUCGGUCGCAUGUGUCCAUUGCCGACGGCGGAAGAUCCGAUGUCUCGUCGCGGCCGGCGACGCCCAGGGUCGCUGCGAGAACUGUAUCCGCCUGCGCAAGGAGUGCCAGUUCUACCCCGUCGACCAGCAGCCCCCCGUCGAAAAGAAGUCGCGCCCCAACUCCCAACUCGAAUCCGCCUCCACCGACCCCUCCACCGCCUCCUCCUCGCCCCCACCGGUGGGCGGUGGUGGUAGCGACCAGCCCGACGCAUUCUUUCCCUACCCCCCCAUGCCGCUGAGCUCCGGCCCCGACGGAACGACCUUCAACCCCAGCGCCUUUGCCGCCGAUCCCAUGGCAUCCUUCGUACCAGGCCCGCCGGUAGGGUCCGCCGAAUUCACCGCCGCUCCCCCGUUAGAUCCCUCCGUCCCGUGGGACGAGUUCACCACCAUCUCCGAUCCGCAAUUGCUCGCCAACAUGGCCGGCGGGAAACAGGCCAUGAUGAACAGUGUGCCCCCCGCCAUGUGGAGUCCACCCCCGAACGCCAUGGCCCCCGUGCCCGCCCCCUCCACCAUCCCGAGCACACCCACCGUCCCCUCCCAGACCCAAGCCCUCAGCCCGGCCUCAACGUACACCCUCCAGCCCGACGGCUCCGUCUGGCAGAUACCCCCGCGAUCCAUGCCGUUCGCCGCCCCGCCAGACAUGACCGCGCAGCCCUACCCCCGAAUCCGAACUCGUAUCCGCCCAUGCCCCCGACCUCAAACGCCGCGUGACCAGCCCGCGCAGUCCUUCACCGGCGGCCCCGUCCACCCGCAGAGCCCUCCACCGUCGGAUCUCCCCACGGCCGUGAUGUCCGUCUCCUACCCGGGCCAACCAACCGCGGUGGGAUUCCCGGGCUGGCCAGACGUCCACGGCAUGUCAUCGAUGAACAUGGUGCAGUACCCCAUGUUUGCGGGCGAUCCGUCACAGCAACCGCCGUUCAACGGGGGACCACCCAUGGGACAUGGGCAUCCGGGGGCGUCUCCGGGGUGA